UGUGCUAGGGAAAACCCAUGGCCAUUCGGUAGAUCACAGAAUAGUGAAUAAAUCUGAAAGUGUACAUAAACAAAACAUCAAACAAGUGCCUCGAUUUCAGUUAACUGACAAGACUGAAUAUUUUUUUUGUUUUCUGUUUACUGAAUCGCCGAGAUCGUCUCAUUCCUCUUCCACAUUGGCGAGCAAAACCACUGUGACCAUGAGAAAGAAAACACAUCUCACUAAUCCUCCCAAAAGAAGAAAACCUAGAACUGGAAGCAAUGGAUUUCCAUCAAGAUCUGACAGUUUUGAUUCGGCGAGUAGGGAUUCCAGUAUGCAUCAGGAUGAUGAUACAGAUUCAUUGACUGACACUCAAGAUACUGCCAUACACAGGAAUUUUUUAACUAGCGCCUAUGACGCAUUUAACCAUUAUCUUUUCAAUGACCCCAUUCAAGCUCUUGAAGCUUCUGCAGAAAACCUUACUCUGAAUGAUUCACUGCCUCUUACUGACCAAGUGAAAAGAGCAAUACGUCAGCCCUCAUUUGAUUCCAUUGAUGGUUUACACUGGCAACCAACAGAAGUAUAUAAUUUUAUUGGAAUCUAUCCAGAAUGUCGUGUGGAAGAGGAGGAUUUUACCCGUAUUAAGAAAGAAUUAGAUAUGGAUCACAUAGGUAAAAGCAGUUCCUGGGAUGAAAAGUCCUCUUGGCUCUCUGAGUCUAUCACAAAAGAUGUUGAUUCAUCAAAUAAUGAGGGCGUUUCUGCUGAAUCUACACAGCAAAACAAAGCAUUCUCAGCAGAUGGAAAAUUACAUCAUGUCAGAGUACUUUCCACUGGAGAGGUUGUUCCAACUGACAAGCAAUGUUACAACGAUCCCCAAGCGAAUUGCUUUUCUUCAGUUAAUGGUCAUGGACCGUCAAAUAAUUCGCGAAAGUCAAAAAGUAGAAGUAAACAGACUGACUCUAGCAGAGACUUAGCAAGAAACAAGCAAAAAAAUUCUGAAUUCAAGAGAGAAAUUGAAGUUAAAAGAGAGAACCCAGCCACUAAAUAUGAGGUGACUGGUCAUGAAUGUGAAAAAUGCGGCACCGUUCUUAAAACGGCACAUAAAAUGAGGGAGCAUCUAGAGAGACACAAGGAGCUGGAAAGACAGAGAAAGCAUGCUGGCCAACUUCCCAGCAAGGAGCAACUAGUAAAAGAAGUGCCUGUCUUAGUUAAUCGAGCUCUCAAGGCCAUUACGGAUGAGGAAGCCUCUUCUGCUUUGGAGCACAGGGUUGAAGCAUAUGCACGCCGGUUAUAUUUCAACUCAUUUCCUUUGUGGAGAGAGAUUAGCAAAGAGUUAGUGCAUGAAGUAUGGCAAUAUGUGACUCUAACAGAGUUGACCAUUCUUCCUGCUGUUGAUUGGGAUCAUUUUGUGUGGUCUAGAAGUAUGUGGCUCACCUCAGGGGGGCGACGAGAGUCUUUUGUUUUAAACCUCCUCUUCUUGUACCCAGAUGAUUCUGAAGUUGUGGAACUUUUUUUUUACAAAUUUUUUAUGAAGCUUAAUGAGGCAGUUUUCAAGUUUGCAAUGCGAUGCCUUGGCUCUCCUGAUGUUAUUAGUGAGACUUUUUGUGUUGAAGCUGACACAAGGUUUGACCCUGGUCAAGAAGAACUACACACACUUUGUAAUCUUGUGCUAAGAACUUACAUCAAGCGAGCAAGUCAAAACAAGACAGUUAAAGGUUGGAAUGCAAUUUAUAAGAGUAUGAAGCGAAAUUUUGUGCAGAAUAGAGAAACUGGUCAAUCUCCAAAAUCGGUUGAUUUGAAGCAAUGGGCCAUGGAAGAUUCAAAUCAACUUGUGACAACCAAGCGUGCAUUUAGAUUUUUUUCCCUUGUGGAGGCUGUUAUUCAGAAUAUUAACAAAGUUAAUGACACAGUUAAUAACAAAGUUGAUGGUCCCAUUGCAUUACAUAAAAUGGUUCUUAGGGCAGUAUACUUGAGACAAGAUAUCAUUAGAGCAUGGGACAAGCUUGUUGCAACGUCACAUUUUGAAGAAAUGGACUCCCUUUAUGUUCUAGAAAUGCUAGUGAAAAGUUUUGCAUUUUUUUCUGGGUGUGCUACUGCUCGGAAACUGAAACAAAAAGCUUUGGAGGAGGAGGAAGAAGAUUAAGAUUGUUAGAAAUAGUGCACUAUUUUAUCUUUUCUGUUAUGAUUAAAAUUGGUGUUGUCAAGUUCCUCCAACAUUUUUAACUGUGAUUUUGAUUAAUUUAUUCUAUAUGUGUGGUUUGUACCAUAAUUUCUUAUUUCAAAAUUGGGAGGUUUUAUGAGAGAACUAUUUAAUACAGUUGACUUCAUGUUGAUACAUGUCCAGGUGUACUACAAUGAUUUAAAGGACAAGGAUAUGAACUGUCUUACUCAUACAGUCUAGAAAAUUAGUUUUGCAAUGCUCUAGUUAGCUUUUUAUGGGCUGUCAAAAAUCAAUUUAAUGCAGAGAUGGUUGAUC